AACCCCCGCAACGCGCGCUCACCGAGUACAUACCGCACUUCGCCUGGCCUAUCCUGCGCCAUACUAUUUGCCCCGUUCUCUUGCUAGAUGCCAGCGACGUCGCGUACCUCGGAAUUCCGCCAGCUACUCAAGGAAAAGGAGAAUGUAUUCCCUGACCCGAAACGACGCAAGAGAUCGAAACGCGCCUCCGCAGACGGACAACGCGAGGGUGACGAGCUGCUCAACAGGCAGUACCUGAAUGAUGCCUACUCUGUGCUGAACCACAUCAACUCACUGGCGCGCAUGGCUUCGUCCAUACGAAAGGCAUACCUGAACGUCGACCCUCGGCAUGGGCCCAUAUCGCGGCAGUCCCCACGAACGAUAGACCUUGGCUCGGCAGACCAGUCUUGGUCGAAUAUCAAGUAUCUCACGGACGCGGAGCGGGACCAGAUUGACCUGCAAGCCAGAGUCAUCCUCUCGAGGUGCUCGGAACGGGUGAAAGAGCUUGAGGUGGUAGAGAAACUACCUCCAGGCCGUGCGGAGCUGGUAGCAAGCCGCAAGAACCCUCUCACUCGAUUACUGCCCGCACGUCUGCGGCAAGAUGACUCCACCGCAGCCUCCGACUUCAUUGCCGCGCACCACUCCAGCAUAACAUGGUACCUCAGCCGGCGACUGGCAGACGCCAGCCAGUCCCUCAAGGAGAUGCAGGAGGAGCGGAUGAAGCGGCAGCUGGAGCGCACACGGACGCUCGGCUCGGGAGCGACGCGCGAGGCGAUGUACAUGGACAUGUCCUCGUCGAAGCCCUCGCCCACAGAAUCCUCGGCGAGCGGCAGCUGGCUUGGCGGCGCGUCGAACCUCGCGUCGAGCUUCGCCGCGAGCAUCGGGUCGAACGACGCGUACGGCUCCGCGGCUACCAUCAAGCCGGGCCCGUCGUCGCUGCCGGAUGACCUCCUCGACGACACGGACGAGGAGGAGCUCGAACUCACGCAGUCGCAGAUCAUGCAGUUCGAGACGGAGAACGCGAACAUCCUGCAGUCCGUGCAGGACACACUCGCAUCCGUGCAGCAGGCGGAGUCGCGCCUGUUCGAGAUCAGCGCGCUGCAGGCGGAACUCGUCACGCAGCUAACGCGGCAGACGGAGCAGACGGAGCAGCUCUACGAAGACGCCAUCGCCACCGCGUCGAUGGUCGAGAAGGGCAACGUCCAGCUGAAGGAGGCGAGGCGGAGAGCACGGGACAGCAGGAAGUGGAUCCUGAUGUUCCUCAUUGGUGCCAGCUUGUCGCUGCUUUUCUUGCACUACUACUGA